AACAAGAAAUCAGCUUGAAUUAGUUGAGAAGAACCAGAGAUGGCUUUUUGCUGCCCUUGUCUUCUUAAGGUUUCUCCUCUGAAGCCAUCAGAAGCAGAAGAAUCAGUCUCGAAAUCGAAUUCAGCGAAAAAGGAGAAGAAGAAAGAGAAAGAGGAUUUGAAGAAGAAAGAGAAAGAAAAUGAGGAGGAGAAGAAGAAGAAGAAGAAGAAGAGCAAUCUUGAUGAGGCUGUUAAGCUUGCUCCUUAUUUCCAGUUCCAUACAAGGCCAGGACUGCUCUGAUGCUUAAUUUUCAAUUUCCUUCUGAUUGUUUAUCGAUGAAAAUUUUCAUGUAAAUUUUGUUAUUCAGAUUGUAUUCAUGUUUUUUUUAUUUAAUUUCGAUCAUCACAGUGACUCGA